CUGCCACCUAUGCAGCGAAUUCUACUGCAAAGACUGCAAGUGCAAGUGAAAUUCUUGGAGAAAACUGAGGAAGUCCUGUAUGGAGGAGUUUGCUGCAAUAAUUUUUCCAGUUUAUUUAAUAUUUUUAUUUAUCUAUAAUGAUAUAAUAUAACGUUCCCUCCAAGAGUUACCUCCAUUCUGAGUGAGACCCAUUUGUGUUCUGAAAAUAAAUCCGGUGUCUUUUAAAAAUAUAUAAUGUGUAUUGUGUUAUGUGCACACCUACACGAUCUGACAUAGAACUCGCGCCGCACCGCGCCACACCGCCAUCCACCCCCCACCAGGGGUGGUACUCAAACCCAUUUUCCAAUGUUGGCAGGUCUGCAGCAUCCACCUCAACCUCCUCAAAUGAGUUGCCCUUGCCGCAGACGUCCACCCCUGUGAGAAGCCAGAGGAUCAGGACCCCUAAAAAAACAGUGAAGCUUCAUUCACCACAAUAUGUACUCUACACAGACUCUGAGUUGGAGUCUGUCCGACGAGAGUACUCAGAGCUGCAAAAAAUAGGGAAAGAAAAAGAAUGCGAAAUGUCCAAAGAUUUAAGGUGCAGAUUAAUUCGUAACACAAUGACAAGCAUGAUCUCCAUCUUGAGGGCAACAGGGGAUGAAGAUUCCCACAAGUAUCCUUCAAAAGAAGAAAUAACAGCUAUGGCGAAAAGAAUCGUUCAGUACUACCCCAUGUUAAAGGAUGAAGAUUUCUCAAAGAAAAAUUAAUGGGUAUGUGUUGAAUAGAGUAGUGCAAGCAUGCAAGUAAUUAAUGCCACAUUUCUUGGAAGUUUCUUGUAGUAGAUUUAAAAUGUUUCAUUCUUUAUCGUCCCAGGUCACAGUUUAUGCACAACUCUAUAAAAGGCUGUGGAACGUCCGAUCCCCCAUUUAAGAGCAGGGGCCCAGCCAAGAAGCUUCGUUUGGGGACUUCAGUUCUGAGUGAGGAGGAGUUUGGCUCCAGCGACUCAACCGUCCUUUUGGACACCAGUGACACCACUGACGACAGUUUUCUGGAUGUUGGCGGUAGCAAAGGUGAGUUUUGACUUAUCUCCCAGACGUUUAUACAUAGCAGCUUAUUCUGAAAAAUGUGAAAAGAAUUCUGUUCACACCAAUGAUGAAAAAGGUAAAAAAAAAAAAAAAGGUAGGUCCUAUAAUGCAUUUACAUUGUGUUGGUAUUUUUGAAGAAUGUUGAUUUUCAAUGUAAAUCUAUUCAUACAAGUAGUGCAUCCCAAAAUGUUCAAUGUUAACAUUCAAAUUCAGCAUGGCCAGACGUUUCAAAUAGAUUUGGUUUCGUAUCUAGGUGUGGGGAGUGGAGUAAUGGCUAUCGUAAGGCGUUCGAGCUCGCAAUUGCAACAUGUUGUGGUGUAUUAAAUUAGGCACAACUCAAGGCAGACUUGCUGUCCAUUUAAUGAUACCCUGCAAUGUAUACCUUAUAGUUAUAGUACCUGUGAAAGAAUCUGCUCUUUGAAGCAGUGAACAAUAGGUAACUUGCACUGCUGGUUUUACAGUUUGCUUAUUGUUGUGCUUGAUUAUGCCUUUUAGCUGUUCCUGCAAACCAUUGCUUAAUGGGGAUUGCUGUAUGACAUUAUCUGGCUUAACAAUGUGUAAACUUGCCAUUGUGUAUUCAUGUGUUUGUAAAAAUAACAGCCAUGAUGGAGUAGCAGACAGUCCAGCAUCCCAGGCAAGACAUUAUAAGAGUUUACAGGCUCUCUGGAGGAAGCCCAAUGCCAACAAAGAGUCUGUCACUCAACUGCUUGACUUGGAAUUUGAGGCUAGAAGGGCUUUCAUCGACUCAGAUGUAGUAAAGCAAGAUGAGCGACAUGUCAAAAUAAUGGAAGCCUAUCCUUGUUUUAGAGAAAUUGAACAUUUGAUGGAUGAGCUCCGGCGGAUUCUGCAGAGAGAUAACAUGGAUUUCAUAAGCGAAGUUAAAGAGAGAUGGGUAGAGUUCUGCAAACAAGUACAAUUCUACGGGGUGUUCAAGAAGGUUUUGAAAUCCCCAGUGGGGAUGAGCAAAGCUGAGCAAGCAAUCGAACUCAUGCACGCUUUGCCAGCGAUGUUUCCUAGUGCAUCACCACCUCCGAAGAAGAUGCGAGAUGCUAGUGAGGCGUUCAUUCAUGUUCUGAAGGAAAAAGAAGAUCCUGAAUCUUUCUUAAAAAAACGGCAUCUGUCCUGUCCUCUGCUGCUUGUGAGCGCUACCAACUGCAUCCUGGCGGUGGGGGACAAUCCAAUUGCAGAAUUCCAUAACGAUGAUCUCCAUGAGGGUAUGCUGUACAUAAUUGCUCUCUACUAUGCCCUUCACCUGACAUAUCCGAAGUGUGUCAGUACAUUGCUGUCGAUCAUACAGAGUGAGGUGCUAGGUGAUGCACUCCACCCACAAGACCAAACAAGCUCUUUUAAAAAGGGAUUAAGCGAGAUGAGGGCAUUUGUAGGGAACUAAUGCUCAUUGAUUGAAUGCUGGCAAAUUGUUUUAUUAUGUAUGCUGUUGUUUUUACACAUUCAAAUCUUAAAGUGUUACUCCGGCGUUCUGCGACCUAUAGCCAACAUAGACUGAAAUACGACAACAUAGACUGAAUAAUGGCCCAGCCGCUAAAGCUAACCCAGUGGGGCAUUUUCUGUUCAGUGGCAAGAAUGCGGUCAUGUCUCUUGGUGCACUCAGGCAAACUGAUAUGUUUUUAUUUCAUUUUUUACAAAUACUGGUAUGUAAACCACCUUUAUGCUGCCAUGUUUAAUUAUUGUGGUGAUUGUCAUGUGGCUGCAAUAAAUUUUGUCUGAGAGGUCAAAGUUGUCUUUCUUUUUUUUUAUCUUGAUUCAAGUAGAUUGUGUUCCUGUAUUUAGAUUUGUUUUCUAAUUUAAGAUCUUAUAAUAAGUGAAAUACAAAUACUAAU